CUAUAAAUAUACAGUUAAGGCGCAGAAGUUUUCCUCUUCUCUCUCUCUCUCUCUCUCUCGCCGUCCGUCCCUUUAUGCGCGUAUCUGUGUGGUGCAAUAAUCUCUCGGUGAUACAGAAAGAAUCCAUCUCAGCCAUCCAUGUCGACGGCCGAGAUGGAACAACUGACCUCGGGGGCGAGUAACCGGAUCAUUCCAAUCCUCAAGACCCUAAGAGCCUCCCUCAUUUUCGUCUACACACUUCUCAUAUCUCUCAUCCUCUUCAUCCUCCCGCUCCGGCCCCGCCGGCUCUCUCCAUCCACGGUGGUGCCUCUGACUCAGACGCCACCUUCCAAGUUUUCCAAACGUAGAAUGGAAGACGAUGACACCGCGAGAAGGAGAGCCUUAGCCGAGAAUUUGGACAUGGGCUUCGAGACUCGCGAUGGGGAAUGCCGGUGCCGAUGGUCCACGUUCUUGUUUUCAGGGGUACGUGGGAACGCCCUCUUCUGCCGCUCGUGGGUUCCGGUCUCCGCUGAAUUGAAGGGUAUAUUGAUUAUCAUUCAUGGGCUUAAUGAGCACAGUGGAAGAUAUGCUCAUUUUGCAAGGCAACUAACAUCAUCCAAUUUUGGUGUCUAUGCGAUGGACUGGAUAGGUCAUGGCGGGAGCGAUGGAUUGCAUGGAUAUGUUCCUUCACUUGACCAUGUUGUUGCAGACACUGGGGCUUUCCUAGAAAAACUUAAAAUGGAGAACCCUGGAAUUCCAUGCUUCCUCUUUGGUCACUCCACUGGAGGUUCUGUGGUUUUGAAGGCAGCUUCAUACCCUCAAGUUGAAGGCAUGCUGGAGGGAAUUGUAUUGACCUCGCCAGCUUUGCGCGUGAAGCCAGCACAUCCAAUCGUUGGGGCUGUGGCACCUAUAUUUUCUCUGGUUGCUCCAAAGUUCCAGUUUAAAGGCGCAAACAAAAGGGGCAUUCCAGUUUCUAGGGAUCCUGAAGCACUGUUGGCAAAGUACUCAGAUCCAUUAGUAUAUACGGGUCCCAUAAGGGUUAGAACAGGCCACGAGAUAUUGCGCAUUUCCUCUUAUUUAAUGAGGAACUUUAGGUCAGUGACUGUCCCAUUCUUGGUCCUUCAUGGAACUGCUGAUAAAGUCACGGAUCCUCUAGCCUCAAAGGAUCUAUACAACGAGGCGGCGUCCGAGUUAAAAAACAUAAAGCUGUAUGAUGGCUUCUUGCAUGACCUUCUCUUUGAGCCUGAACGAGAGGAGAUUGCACAGGACAUAAUUGCCUGGAUGGAGAAGAGAUUAGGUGCUGGUCUUGGAAAUGUUGGUAAUAUCUGGUAAAAUAAAACAUCUUGCCAGAGAAAGGUAGUAUCUGAAUAGGGAAUUGUAUUAGAAGGUAAUCUGUCUACAUGACUGAGCUUUUAUUUAA